CAUUUUCCUUCGAGAAAGGUGGAUACGCCGGCAGAAAGUUCAGAGAGCGCAGAAGGGUCUCGAGGCUCGGGUUCAACCACCGAAACCUAUCGUCUCUUUUCAACAUCGGGGCGAGUGGAACAAUUAUGUCUGACCAGCUGCCUUUUCCAAACACAUCGCGAUACGCCAUAUUGCCUGUGCCUUGACCUCCCUCAGGCUUUUGUCGGCUUUGCCGCCCCGUGCCUUCCGCUGUCGCCCAUUUUGCCACCACCACACCCCACGGCGGAUUUCUUCUCGCGGCUCAGCAAGCAACCUAAGUCGGCCACGAUGACCACACUAACAUCUGUUGCGCGGAUUUCGUCUGCGCCUACCGCUACCUCCUCUCCGAUAAGACCGAUUCUGCGAAAGCCCACGUCCGUGCUCGGCACGCGAUCACGGUCCGACGAUUCCGACGGAGCGGAGGAGGACGAGCCUCCGACCAAGAAGCAGAAGAAAACAGUGGUCUUCAAUGAAGACCUGAACAUGGUCAAGGAAAUUAGCAGCAAGAGCUUGGAGGACGCGAAACGGGAGGUGAGGCAGGCCGUGGAGGGACACAGUCGUGGUGACGACGAGGACUACGACAACCUGAAGGAGAUCUUCUCGCCCAGUCCGAAGCGGCUCACACCAGACGACGAAGAAGAGGAGGCUACGAAGCCACAGGACCUGGUCGUCUACGUAGUGGCGCUAACCGGCUACGCACAUCUCCUCGGGCGUUCAUGUUCCGGCCUACUUCGGAGUGUCCUCCGGUGUGCAUGGCUGGAGCGUGAUGAGUACUUUGCAAAGGCAUACAUCCAGCUGCUGGCGGCGCUUUCGUCUGUACAAGGCUCGUUUCUCACUCAGGUCCUCACCAUGAUGGUCGAUAGGUUUACCGAAACACGGCACGUCUCCAGUGUUCCGGGCUUCGAACCUGUCGAUCCCGAGACGAAGAAGACAUGGCUCCAUGUCGGGCUGAAAUAUCUCCUCGAGCUGUUCCCGGCUGGCCAACACAUCACAUUGAAGUUGAUCACUGACAAGUUUCCGUACACGGAGGCAUCGAAGGCAACGCACAUGGAAUACAUCGACCAUCUCCUCCGUCUGAAAGCGGCGAGACCGGAGCUCGAAAGAGAUAUCAUGGAGCUGAUCCUCGCUCGGCUGGUCAAGCUCGAUGUCGAGAUGACGCUCGAUCUGGAAAACGACGAUGAUGAGACGACGCGGGCCGUGCUCCGGCAGCUCCACGCGUCCGACGUUAAGAACGAGGACGAAGACGAUGAGAGUGAUGCCGAUUCCGUGCUCAGCGAGGAAGACGACCUGCCCGAGCAAGCCAAACGCGUGCUCACAAUCAAGAGCAAGCUGGAGACCAUGGACGCUAUCCUGGAUCUGCUUUUUUCCAUAUACACCCCGGUGUUUGAGGAUCCCGACAGUCCAGAGGCCCUGGAAGCGUUUCAGGACAUGUUGAGUGACUUUUGCAACGUCAUCCUCCCGAACCUCAAAUCUCGCCACACUCAGUAUCUUCUCUUUAAAUUUGCCAUGAAGUCUAAUCAACUCAUGGAGAUGUUCAUCGGGACCUUGUUCAAUAUCGCAUUUGAGUCGAAUCGGCAACCAGUCAUUAGGCAGGCUGCAGUUGCUUACCUGGCAAGCUUCACUGCGCGCGGGGCCAGGGUACAGAGCGAGCAAGUGCAGAUGAUCACCAAGACUUUCCUCGACCACCUCGACCUCUAUCGCGCCACGCACACCAGCUGCCGGGGCCCAGAUGUGAGGCGGUACAGCCAGUAUUAUGCGUACUUUCAAGGACUGCUCUAUAUCUUCUGUUUUCGCUGGCGAGACCUGAUCGAUCGUGACCGGGCUCCUCCAAGCCUCGACUGGGACGACCCCGCCUCGUUCAUUGGGCAGGAUCUACCCUGGAUGGCCGGGCUGAAGUCGAGACUGCAGGCGAACAUAGCCAGCAAGCUUAAUCCCCUUAAAUGCUGCUCACCUGUGAUCGUCGACGAAUUCGCCCAGUUAUCUCACCAUCUCCGGCUCCUCUACAUCUACCCCCAAAUCGAGAAGAACAAGUCUGUCCACCUGUCGCAGUUCUUCACAGGCAGCUACGCCACGGGCGGCGCGCUCCGCGACACUGGCGUGGACUUUGACGACGAGAAGUGGACGCACCUCGAGGCUUGCUUCCCGUUUGAUCCUUUCCAGCUGCCGAUCGCUAAGCGCUGGCUGGAUCUGCAGAACAGCUAUGUCACAUGGCAGCCGAUGGCGGUGCUGGAUCGAGACGGUGGUGGCGUCGAGGAAGGAGACGAGGAUGAGGAUGAGAGCGAGGUCGAUGCUGACGAUAGCGAGGAGGAUGAUGGUGAUGACGACUACGGGGAGGCGGCGAAAGUGAGUUUCCGGGAGGAUACCGCUACGGAUGAUGAGGGCGGGGAGAGCUAUGAUUGAUGUCGCAGAUUUUGAGGGGGAUCUCUAUUCCGAUAUGCUUGUGGUGGUGGGAUCUGGUAGCCUCGCAGGGCUAUGGCUUUCCAAAAGUUAACUAUGGGCAAGGUUGGGAAAAGGGGUAACGGCGUUUUGUGCGGUCUUCAAGGCGAGCAUGGCUGCGGCGUUUUGUCUUUUCCGAAGCAUGUAGCGAGGGGCCGGAAAAAUAAGUACGUAGGAAGGAAUGGUGUCGCAAUUGAGCACAGAUGUCAG